AUGGCACCGACUAAUUCCGCUUUUCAAAAUAAUGACAUAAAGAAUUCAUCGAGUAAUACAAAUUUGGCAAGUUAUGGAGCAUCUCCAAAUUUCAGACUGCCCACACCAUCUUAUUCAAGUCCGAAACAUAAAAGUAGUAAUCCAUUAUUGAUUAACAAGAGUAAUAGUAAUUCACAAUCUAAUUUAGACUCAACUAUACGUCCUUCAAUGCAAAGUUAUAAUUCAACUGAUUCUUCAAGUUCAAAUGCUCAAAGUUAUGAUGAUCAUAUAUCUCAAAUAAAGCAAAACACAAAUAAAAAUGUUGAUUUGAAAACAAUUGGUAAACAUUUGGUAAGUCCUGAAGAUAGUCUAAAACAACAAGGUGGGGAUAUAACUCGUAGAUUAUAUCAUCAAAUGGAAAAUGUUGAUGAUCAUCACCAUCAUAAUAAUGGAGAAAUUAGUAUACGAGAUCCAAAAAGAAGAGCAAGAAGUUCAUCAUUUUCAACAUAUUUAGAAGAAGCAAGAAGAGGUUCAACAGCAAGUGAUAUAAAUGUUCCAGGUGGAUUUAGAAGAGAAUUUUUAAUACAAAAAUCUAUAAAGAAAAAUGAGGAACCUCCAAAUUUUUUAUCAAGAAAUUUUAUGGAAUUUUUAAGUAUGUAUGGACAUUUUGCUGGAGAAGAUUUUAAUGAUGAAGAUGAUGAAGAAAAAAAUGAUAAUGAUAAUGAUGGAGAUGAAGAUGACACAAAUCAAAAUUAUGAAGAUGUAUUUGAUGAAGAAUCAAGUUUAUUACCAAAUGAACGAAGGUAUUUACCAAAACAGUUACCAAGAUUAAAGAUUCCACCAAAGGGGACCGCAUCUGUGGCGAAAACUUACUUUUUACUAUUUAAAGCAUUAGUUGGAUCAGGAGUAUUAUUUUUACCAAGAGCUUUUUAUAAUGGUGGAUUAGCAUUUUCAAUGAUAACUUUAAGUGCAUUUGGAUUAUUAACUUUUUUCAGUUAUAUUGUAUUAAUUCAAUCCAAAAGAGUUUUAAAAGUAAGUUCAUUUGGUGAAUUGGGUUAUAAAACUUAUGGGAAUACUUUAAAAUAUUGUAUACUAGUUUCAAUUAUGUUAAGUCAAAUUGGAUUUGUUGCUACUUAUAUUUUAUUCACUGCUGAGAAUAUGAUAGCUUUUAUUGAUGGAUUUUUAUCAACAAGACCAGAAUGGUUAAAUAGAGCAAAUGCAGUUUUAGUUCAAUGUGUAUUAUUAAUACCUUUAACUUUAAUAAGAAAUUUAACUAAACUUUCAGUUGUAUCAUUAAUUUCCUCAGGAUUCAUUGUGAUUGGGUUAUUAAUAAUAUUUUAUUUUUCAGGUUUAAAAAUUUAUUAUGAUGGAUUAGGACCAAAUAUCGCAAAUUUUAAUUCAAGUAGUUGGACUUUAUUAGUUGGAAUAAGUGUUAUUAGUUUUGAAGCCAUUGGAUUGAUAUUACCAAUUGAAGCUUCAAUGGCUCAACCUGAAAAAUUUACAAUGGUGUUACUGGUAAGUAUGUUUACUAUAACUGCUAUUUUUGUAACUAUUGGAACUAUAGGUUAUACUGCUUUUGGUGAUAAAGUUAAAUCAAUUAUUAUAUUAAAUUUACCACAUGGUAACCUUGCAGUUCAAUCUAUUCUUGUAUUAUAUUCAAUUGCAGUAUUUUUAUCAGCUCCAUUACAAUUAUUCCCAGCUGUUAAAAUUGGAGAAUCAAUAAUUUUUAGACAUAAGGGGAAAAAUGGAAGUGGUAAACUUUAUCAUUCUGGUAAACAUAAUCCUCAAGUCAAAUGGUUGAAAAAUGCUUUUAGAGCUGUUUGUGUUGUUAUUAUCAGUGUUAUUGCAUACAUGAAUGCUGAUAAUAUUGAUAAAUUCGCCUCAUUAAAUGGUAACCUUUCAUGUAUUCCUUUAAUAUAUGUUUAUGCUCCCAUGAUACAUUAUAGAAGUUGUUGUAAUUUAAAUGAUGGUAAUUUAAGCGAUAAAGAUAAACGUAAAAGAUAUUGGUUUGGAAAAUUGGAUUGUUUUGUAGCUAUAUUUGGUGUUAUUGCAACUAUCUAUAAUACUUAUCAAACUUUAUAUUAUAAUUGA